CCGCUAGUAAAUCUGAGCAAAGGAGGAGACGGUGCGCGUGCAUGCAUAGCUAGUCCAAUUCGCGCAGUUGGACAGCGUCUGUUGAGCGGAAGCUGUCGUCGGUUGUAGUUUACAGGAUUCACCUCAACAAGUCGUGAAGGGGGAAAUUGCAAUAUUUUCCCCUCUGUGAAGAUGGACCAGAAAGAUACAGAGAUGAACGAGAAAGGAGUGCCUUCCUCAACCAGCGGAGUUGUGGUCCAAGUGCGGGAGAAGAAAGGACCUUUACGUGCAGCCAUCCCUUACAUGCCUUUUCCGGUAGCAGUAAUUUGCCUGUUUCUCAACACAUUCAUACCUGGAUUAGGUACCUUCGUCUCGGCCUUCACGGUGCUGUGCGGGGCGCGGACGGACCUGCCGGACCGCCACGUGUGCUGCGUGUUCUGGCUGAACAUGGCGGCCGCCUUCAUCCAGAUCCUCACCGCCAUCGUCAUGGUGGGCUGGAUCAUGAGCAUAUUCUGGGGGAUGGACAUGGUCAUUCUGGCCAUUUCCGAAGGCUACAGGGAUCAGGGCAUUCCCCAGCAGCUGUGAGGCUCCGCGGCCAAUCUGAACGCGAGAAUGUACAGUCGUAUACUGGUCUCCCGGCAACAGCCCCGCCCCGCCCCGCCCCGCCCCCGGCAUGGGGCCCGGAAGCACAGACACGCCUUCACCAUCACUCCCAGGGGGGGCGGGCUCCUAUUCCAGACUCCGCCCCCACCCCAGCCCACCACCCAAUCCCCCGGAUGCCUUGUACUUCACGGCUCAGAGUGAGUACGAAGAUCCUUCGGAAAGGAGGGGAUGAAGUUUCUCCACGCGCUGUAAAUAAAGAAAACAAAAAAAAAAGCAAAAUCUGUGGGAAAGAAAAAAACCACCGUGACAACCGUGUGUGCCGUGUGUUAUUGACAUUUCCAUCCUGUCAGGGGUAAAUUCAGUGUUAACAGAUUUUUAAUGACAAAUAUUAAAAAGUGUAGUUUUAUUAUGAUUUUUCUUAUCUUUUUUUUUUUUUUUUGGCUGUACAGAUGGGUUUUGAAGUUUUCACUAGCUGGAUUUGGUGGUACGGCACGGUGUCUGUUGUCCUUCCCUGAAGGUUUAUUACUCGAUGUCAAGCCUUAUUUUACGUGGAGAUGAACUUGUUUUUAUAUACAUAUUCUGCAUGGUUAUUAAAUUUCCACUUACCCAGCUGAGUCUGUGAUCUGUAAACACUCAACCACACAGAGACAACCACACAGGCCGAUUAUCUUUUAUGACUUUUGCAUCACUAUUUAUUGGUUGUUGUUUUGGCGAAGCAUCAUUAUCAUAAACCUCAAUGUACUGUUUAUCGAAUUUCGCUGGGCCAGUUGCCAUAGAUACUGUCCAUUUCCACAAAGUCAAUGUGUACUCAUGGGAUGAAAUAAACGUAAUUGGUAUGGGAGUGAGUUUUGCUUUAUUGAAGUUACAAUGAGAGCUGAAUACCGUGGGCAGAAAACAAGCUGGGUCAUUUGAAAGGCGGCUGGACUUUUGUUUCUUAGCCGGGAGGGUGAAAAACACGCAGUCAAGAAGAGAAUGGUUGAAAUGUGAAUUGUGAUUUUUUAAA